AACAAAACCUUUAAAGGAUUCAAAAUAAAAAAACCUCCUUCAGAUUAAAACUUCAUCAUGAGAAGGCAGAGAAAUUUUCCUGGACGGAGGGAGUAUGUUUCUAACGACAGCUUCUCUCCCUAGGUAUCGCCUGGGCUCUUUUGCGUAACUUUGAAUCGCUGGUUGACAUGGGAUUUUUGUGUUUCAUUCUUGCAAUUGCUAUGAUUUACUUGGAAUAUCUUACUGUCGUCUGUUGAUUUGAGACUGGUACGAUGUCUUACGGUCAAGAAACGAGGUUGUUCUUCGCGAUUGUACUGUUCAUGUAGCCUUACGAUUUGGGUUUGUUUGUUAGCAAUUGUUUGUGUGUUUCUAGUCUAUUUUUGAGAGUAUCUUCGGACUCGCCAUACCUGGACGAAUCUCCUUGACUACUUAUUUGAAGGCAGAGGAGGAAUUAGAUUGUUUCUCUGUUCAUCGCGUCUGCAGUCAUACGUGUUAAAACGCGUAAACUGAUUCUAGGAUUCUAUGUUCGUAUUUGUAGUUAUAAUCGAUACUUACUGGUAUUUGCUUGGUCGGAAUUUGCUGUUAAGUCCGUCCCAACCUUUGAAUUCGUUCUGCGAGUCACGUAGGUCGCAAAUACAGUCCGGUUUCCGUUCGCUGCUCUGGAUUUCCACUGAUUCCAGAACGACCGCAAACACUGUUCAUCUUCAUCCAUGGUGAGGAAAAAGUCAAUGACUGUGGAGCCAGUAACUGUGCGAAAUACUAGGUCAAGGUUUUCCCUGCUUCCUAACAUCGAUGUUGAGUUUCCAGUUCUUCCUGGGAAUGGAGUCAAGAAACCUGGUGCGGGAUUUGCUGAGACAGGAGGUAAUCAUGGUUCAGGGGCUGCAGAACUUGCUAGGUCAACUUCCAGAUUUGCUGUGCUUGAAGGAAUGGAAGAUGAAUUCCUUGAACUUGGAGGUGCUGUGAACGGAAGGUCUGCUGCAACUUCUCUGGUGGCUAAUCUUACGCAGGAGGUGACAAAGGCUCAGCUUCCUAAGGCGCAUGAUAUAGUAGCAGUGAACAACAAUUUGAGAAACCAGGACAACCUUGCUGGGAGUAGUUCGCAGGUUACUUUUGCAGAACAUGAAAAUGAUCUGCCUGAAAAAAAUUUGACUUCAAAACCUGCUAAGGUUACUGUGAAGAAUGUGAAUUAUGGGGAAAAGUCUAAAACUAAUGCAGUGGACAACGCCAUUGCUAAGCAGGCAGAUACUGUUAAUGGUGGUCCACUGGAAAAGGAACAAAAAACGAAUGGGGAUGCAGUGGUUAUCCAAAAACCGUGGUCCUCACUGUUUAAAGACAACCGUAACCCUUCAAAUGGCUUGAAACUGAGGUAUAUUCCACCAAAAGGCACGUCCUUGGAUUUUACGGAUAGAAUUUUGCCUACUAUGGUUGACAUGUGGGGAUUUUGUCUUGUGGGAUUCUUUACUGGGAAAUUUCCGGGCCUUAAGGCAAUCUAUGAUCUGAAAAACACUUGGGGGUUAGUUGCAUUGUAAAACAACAUAAUAAGGGGUGGGUUAUCUUCAAAUUUCAUAAUGAUGAAGAUAGAACAAAAGUGUUGAAUGGAGGGCCUUAUACCAUCUUUGGAGUACAACUCAUUCUAAAAUCACUUUCAGAAGAUUUUUCCUUUGAUGAUGAUGAAUUUCUCAAGGUUCCCAUUUGGGUCAAAUUUCCUAAUUUACAUAUGAAACUUUGGAAUGAGGAGGCUAUGAGUGAGGUUGCAUCUAUGGUAGGAGUCCCACUUUCUACAGAUAAAGUAACUCAAGAUAGGAGCAAUCAUCACUUUGCUAGAGUUCUGAUUGAAGUUGAUGUUUCAUAACCACCUCCGCUAUCAUUUCCGAUACGAUUACCUUCCGGUAAGGUAGUCAAACAAAUGGUGGUUUAUGAAACUUUCCCUAACUUUUCUUUUCAUUCUAAAAUUUAUGGGCACCACUCAUUUAUUUGCAAAAAAUUGGCAUCAAAAGAACGGGAUGAGGCUAUUGUUGAAAAGAAUGAGGAAUUUGUGAAUGAGGCUAUUCCAAUAAUACCCAAGGACAUAGAAAAAGAAAAGCUACCAAUGAAAGAGGUCCAAGAGGGAUGCAUAGAAAAUGGGGUAAGAGAUGAGGUUAGAGAAAAGCUCCAGCAAGACACAACUACACCGAAUGAAUCAGCUACCAUGCCCGAACCAGAGGGGGGAGAUGACACAGAAGAUGAGGAAUUAGAUGAUGAGUCGAGAGAUGAGGAGGAACAGAGAAUUCUUGACGAGUACUGGAAAAAAAUUACACAAUAUAAGGAGAUGAAGAAAAACAUGGAAGCUGAGCCUGCUCAAAUAGGUUUAGGCUAAUUUGAUACAGAUUUCCACUGGCGGUUAUUUCUAAUGGUUGUUUGUUUUUUAUUCCUCUGAUUAGAUGGAUAUGGGGGAUGCCCCAUUAUUUUGAUGAUGCAUUAUAUUUAGGUUAGAUUUAUCUAACUUAGAUAGUCUUUUUAGAUUUUGUGUGAUACAUUGUAAAAUGUUAUUUUUGGGUGUCUUUUAUAUACUUACAUUUCAUCCAAAAAAAAGAGAAGGCAG